AUGUUAUUUAUUAUUUUUAAUUUCUUAGUCGAAAUAAUUAAAGCAGAAGAAUAAUUCUUAAUUAUCCUUAAUACCAAUCUAGGUAUUCAUGAUGAUUUUGUUAAAACUCAUAUUGAGUUAGAUUCAAAAGAUAUAAAAAUCUUCUAUACAGGAAUUAUUGAUCAAUAUCCUAUUUCCUCUGCUAGAUUUGAUCAUUUAACUUUUAGAUAUUAAAAUUAAUAUGAGCUUUAUGAACAUGAGGUUCAGUAAUAGAGACAUUAAUUAACAUGUUUUGAUUCAGAAUACAAAAACACUUAGAUUGAAAAAGGAAUAAAUAAUUAUUAAAAAAUUUUAUCAGCAAAUGAGAAUAUGUAUUGAGAUUCCUCAUUUUGUAGUACUUUAGUUUUAGAUAACUCGUAAAUUCCAUGUAAUGGUUAUAUUUAUGAAUCUAUUGAACCAUGGAUAACUGUAUUAUUACAAUUUGGAAUAACAAAAACAUAUUUUUACUUUAAAAUAUUCUGUAAAUAUAAAUUAAAAUUAAAUUAGUAAUAAUAACAAUUUUGUUUUCCUUUAUAAUACUUACUUCUGCAAUUAUAUUGACUUGGUGGGAAAUAAAAAAAUUAGAAUAGAAGAUGAAAAGAAGAUCAUCAUUUCCUAGAAUAUUAUAAAAAUUAUAAAUUAAAUGA